AUGCUUUCUGCCCACGACACAGCGCCGGGUUGUCCCGGGUUUUGUGGUCGCAAUGCAUUAGAGAAUUCAACGGAGCUUUGGUCUGAUUGCACUGCAUGUAGUUGGGGGAGUCGCUCGAUAUCGUCAAGGUGUUCUCCUUGUCGAGCACCUCUAUCGUUUUAUGAUUGGAUGUUCCUAGCAUUCGUGUUUCUGCUUCCUGUUUUUUUUCAUUGUUUUUCCGUUCAUUAUUUUUCCAACAAAAAAACACCACGAAAGAGAGUAUUCUUAGAAUUACUUUGUUGCUUCAUCGAAUGUUUAGUAUCUAGUAUUUUCGCAGUUUUCAUUUUUCCACCAAUAGGUUCGUUGAACUUAUGGAGUUGUUCGAAAUCAAAUAUGAAAGAAUGGUAUCCUACAUGGUAUAACCCUGUAAUCAAACAUUCGAGAGUUUUACGAUGUUCCCAUGAAAUGGUCUAUCCAUUAUACACGUUGCCAUUUGUUUAUUAUCUGCUCCUUCUUUUAUGUGUUAUAAUCUUUCGAAAUUUAUUAUUUUUGCUUGUUUUCAAAAAGAAAAAAGAUAAUCGGGCGUAUUAUUAUGCACUGUUGACUCUUCCAAAGAUAGCUCUCAGUUACGCCAUUCUGGCUGGAGUAUAUUAUUAUACAUUUCCUUAUAUUGUGAUAAUAUUCAGCGUAUGUUGCAAUGCUGCUCAUUUGGCCUCUUCAGGGAAAAAGUCUAUUAGAGAUAUAACAGUAAAAGUUUGUACCUCCCCAUUCGACAUAUUGAUGAUUUGUAUAAACAUGAGUUUACUGGCUUUCGGUUUAACAGCACUGGUAGUCCCACUUGGGUCAGUUUUCAGUUUGAUGUCACUCUGUCUCGUGCCUGUCCCAUUCCUUUUUUACGUUUUCACAAUUGGACUCAGUCAUCCAAAUGCCCUCACCGAUAUUGGAGAUCGAUCUCAGUUUGGAUUACGCUGUUAG